AUGGACGCACCAUUCGCUCCAUCCUCAGCACCCGCUACGCCUUCCGUCAAGGGCACAACCCAUCCUCCCGAAUUCAUCCACACCCACCACCCACGGCGCGGCUCCAUGACGCCUCUUGGCCUCAAUGUCAUUUCUCCCCGUCCGCCCGGGAAUGCCCCGUACGGCGGCGUCACCCCAACGCAGACCUUUCAGCCCAGCUUUGGCACGCAGCGCUCGGUCGGCUUCAACCCUACCGCAUUCCCCUACACCGAGAACUCGCCUACCAUGGGCAACAACCGCCGGAGCUCCGCGGCGAGCACCUCUUCGACCCUCACACAAUCCCGACCCGCCGGCCAAUCCCUCAGCGCCUCUGGGGCAAACAGAGAUCGCCGGCGGUCUUCCCUUACUCCCUACAUUCCCACUCUCGCUCCUCCCUCGCCAUCCCGCCAUACAGCCAAGGGUCGGAAUUCGCGCCCGAGCAGUAGUGACGGCUCUGGAGCGCCGCCCAUGCACACGCGGAAUCGCACCGAACCGCCCAGCAAAACGAUCGGUUCGUCGGCGCGGGACGAGUACCAGGACUCGGUCGGUGAAUUUGGGCGGAGAGGGAGCAUGCCGCAUCUGGCGUAUGGGGGAAUGCACGCCUCCUCCUCGCGUCCGUGGAAUCCCAGUCUACCGACGCAGAGGGGGAGCGUAGGCGACGAGAAUGAUCCGGCGGCGGAAGGAGGAUUCAAAUUCGGCUCCAUACCGUCGCCUUCUGCCGCGAGUGUCGCUCUUCGGGCCAUCGACGUAUCGCCCGGAAGUCGGCGGGGGAGUCUAGCGGGCGGAGUAUUGUUCCCUCGAGGAGACGUCUUUGCGGAGGCGGAAGCGGAGGAGGCGGAAAAGCAAAGGAGAGCGUUUCUGGCAGCGACGUACGGGGAGGAUGGGAAGAGGGCGCGAGAGCGGCUUAGUAUCGGGGGACCGGGGUUGCAGACACCACAAGGAUCGCCGGGAGGCGGGGCGUCCGCUUCCCGCCGACCGAGUCUGAUGCUUUGGGAGAAGUUGGGGAUGCAGGCUGCGCAUCGGGCGGUAGGACCGUUAGACGUGGGAUCGGCGUCCGCACCGGCCUUGCCAAUAUUCAGCGGGUAUGAAGAUUCCGAGGCAUUAGGACAAAGGAGGGGGAGUUUGCCAAUUGCGAUUCCGGGCGGAACGAUGGGUGUAUUGGCGAGGAGUUCGAGCAGGAGAGAGGCGAAGGAGGCGAGAUUACACGAUAUGGACGCACCAAUCAUUGUGACGGAUACGGAUGCCGAGGCGGAGGCAGAGGAAGAUCUGAUCUACCGAUCCUCCUGGUUGGGAAGUGCUAAUUGCCAGGGCUUGACUGCGCCAAUCCGACCAUUACCUCCCUUACUACCCCUAUCGGAUCCCGGGCCGCGCCUUCUGCCCUCCACACUAGCGCUGCACCGCGCCUCCCACCUCCUCAACGCGAGGAAUCUCCAACCAGAGCCACUCCCACAUCCCUUACCGCCCUCUCUACACCCGCCGGCACCCGUCGAUCUCGCCGAGUUCGAUAUUGACUUUAUCCUCGCCGGAUCACAAGCGCAACUCGGCAAUAAAAAGGGCAAGAACGCCCCAAUCGACUCCCUCUCUCCCCGCACGGCCCCAUCUACACCUACCCUCAAUCUCGGUUCAGGUGGGGAAGACGAUACGUUCGCCAAAUUCGUCGGUCAGUUUGACGACGAAUAUGGAGAUCGGCGAGGAGAGUGGACGUUCCGCUCCUCCACGACCGUCACGUCCAAUGAGGAGCUGCGGGAUCCGCUCGACAGAAGCGCGAGCAGAGAAGCAGUCAAGGCGGAGUGGGAAUCGCUCGGUGCGGGCAAAUACGAGCUGUACGGGAAUGGCGAGGUGCGGUCGAUCAAGAGCGGGAGUGUCUGGCGGGUCCGCAAGACCGCAGGCAGGGAGUAUGAGCUGGAAGAGCUCAAGAAGGGCACCGUCAAGCCAAACCCCAAUUCCAAUCCGACCUUCUCAGCUCGGAGCGAACCGUACUGCCUCACCAGCAAGGCGCAGCAUUGCGAAUGCGGGGGCGUCAAGUCCGCUUCGGCCAUCGCUGCUGCCGCCGCAGUCCGUCAUCGCUCAGCUUCGAGUCGCGCCAACUCCGGCUCGAUACCUGCUCCUCGAGCUGCCCAGAUCAGGGCAUCUGUCUCCGACGCCAUGGCGCGGACUGGGCGGAUAGGCAGCGAGGACUCUGCGGCUACGAGCAAACCUCCGCUCUCAACCUCUGCUCCGCUCGGCUCAGCGCUCAAUGCCAUGCUCCCCAAGAAGAAGCGGCAAAACUCCAACCAGAAGGAAAUGGAGGAGGAAGGCCGUGGGAGGCAGAGCGGUGUCUUUAGCAAAAAGGGGACGGAGCGCUCACCUUCGCGCGAUCGGGGCGACAAGAAGAAGAGCGGCGGUGGUGGCUUUGGGGGCGUCCUCAAGCGUGGCUUGGCGUCCAUCAAGCACAGCGGACAGUCGGAUGAAAAGAAGGUGGCUCGGGAAGAAAAGGAGCGCGAGCGGAUGCAGAGCCAAUCGUGGUCUGGCGCGCUUUUAAGUCAUCGGGACGGUCCGUCCUGGAUGCACCCUUCCGGUCGGACCACUUCGACAAGCCACGGCUCGGUGACGCCAAGUCAAGCGAGUACGGAUGAGCGAGGUUCCGGUACGCCCAAUCCGGACGAAACGGACCGGUGCUCCUCGGAUGUCAUGCUGGAUGAUGCGGGGCAGUGGAAGGAGGGUAAAGGGUGGAACGGGGUGCCAGAGGACGCGGUGGCGAUGGUGGUACCGAUAGAGUCGGAGGGCCCGAACGGGCCUGCCGGGAUCGUCAGCCCAAUCCCUGCGGCAGGUACGGAGACGCCCAAUCCGGAUAAUCACCGUCAAGCCCUGCUCGUCUGGUUCGUCCCCUUCAACUCGGACUCGGAGGACCGACCGCCCCUUACUACAUUGGCCAGCACCACCUCUUCCCGCGAUACAGGAGUCAGCUCGGACAGCCCAAAAGACUCGACCUCAUCCUCUUCCCUUCCCAAAUUCCAAAAACUCCUCCGUCGGCGCGCAAGCAAAGAGAAGGACGGGCUGAAACCUACCAACCCGUCCGUCUCGACUAUUGCCAGUUCGGCCUCCCGUCCUCCUGCACACGUCUCGUUCAGCUCGGACAUUAGCUGUCGACACCAUCCCCUCCCGUUCCGUUCAUUCCGGGUCGUCGCGCGCGCGGUGGACUGGGAGGACCUGCGCUCUGAAGUUCCAGCAAAUUCACCGCCGGCCGCGCCAGGGGCGGGAUACGACCAAUGGGCGGAACGCAAUGCCGCUCUCCGUGCUGGUCUCGCAGGCACGUCGACCACGUCAUCCUCGCAGCACCCAUCCCCUAAUCCACCACACGGCCGCCUCCCUUCUCCCGGUACAGGCACCGACGAGUCUGUCUCUGCCUCGAUGGACGCGGGCGCCUCAACCUCCACCGCACCCACCAGCACGAUCGGGACCGGCCGGAACUUCCCCACAGUCAUUGCGGUCUGCCAUUCCCGCUCGCAGGGGGUCGAGUUUGUGCUCGAGGGUCUGGACAGAUUGGGGUUCUGUAUGGGCGAAAGCGCGUGGGGACCGACGGGGUACGAAGAGUGGCGCGGGAGCGGGCUGAGCGAGAAGGGCCGAGAGCUGUUGGAUCUGUUGUGGGCGGGAUGUGUGGCUGUGUUGGGGAUAGCGGCGUAG